CUCUCUCUCCUCAUCCUCAACCCUCGUGCACUUGUCAUCCCUUCUUACUUUCUUCUCUCUCUCUUUCUCUCUCUAGCUCAGAAAAACCUAGAAGCACAACAAUGGCGGAUGGGCCGUUGAAGCGCCAGAGAGAGGAAACGGAAGAAACCCAUGUCAACGGGCUGGGGGAAGACCAAACGAAGCGCCUCAAGCCGUCGCCGCAACCCCAAGUCCUCUCCUUCCUCGACGACCAAUUAGACGACGGCCAGAUCUCCAGCCAGGAACUCUCCUCCCUCAUCUCCGCCCUCCAGGACGAGCUCGCCUCCGACUCCGAGCCCGGCCUCCCCCCCUCCUCCGAGCCGGAGCUCCUCGCGUCGCCUUCCUCCUCCUCCUCCUCCUCCUCCUCUCCGGAGGAAGAGAGCGACGGCGACGAGGACAAGGAGAAGGUGUUGAGACACCUGCUCGUGGCCUCCGACGACGAGCUCGGCCUGCCCAGCAGGGAGGACGGCGAAGGGCCGGAAGCCGGGGCGUUCGGCGUCGAGCUCUUGUCUUACGACGGCCUGUGGGAGCUGGAAGACGAGGCCGCGAAUUACUACACCUUGUUGCAGUCCGAGCUCUUCAUGUAGGAGGGCGAAUUUGCAGUUGCUGCAAAGUGAAGGGAAAAAAGAUAUUUGUUUUUCUUUCGUUUUGUGCACUCUGCAGUGGAUUAAAGCUUAGUGGUAGGAGAAGCUGUUGGGGAACUCUUAGACUUUAGAAGACAUGAACUGUGAAUGGACAAAAAAGAUCAUUGAAAUUUGUUUGAAGUGCAAAACAGCAAUUAGCAGAAUCACCUUCGUUGUUCAAUUUCUUACAAUUUAACCCCCGUGACAAGUGGGAAAUCUUUUUAUAA